AUAUAUAACCUUAAUCUGACUUACAUCACCAUUUGAAGCAUUACGAGCUAGCCAUGUUUACUCCGUUUCUCUUGAUUACCGUAUUAAUUGCAGGAAAUGUUGUCGAAGUGUUUUCCUCACACCAUCGACACAUUAUGGGAGGCAUUAAAGCUGAUCAAUGUGAAUUUCCUUGGAUUGUCUCUUUAUUGUUGAUUAAAGGAGGAAGAUACUUUGUAUGUUCCGGAACUCUUAUAAACGAUCUCCAAAUUCUUACAGCUGCUCAUUGUGCGAAAGAUGUGGACAAAGUCAUUGUUUCUGCAGGAAGUAGUAACCGACGGUCCAUGACAACAUUUACUUAUGUUUUCAAAUCCGGUAUCCAUUCUCACCCCGAUUAUGUUGGUCCCCCGGCUUUUGAGAACGAUAUAGCGAUUCUAAACCUACCCUCUUCAAUCAGUGACGGUCACUGUAUUAAGCCUUUAGGCAUUCCCCAGAAGGGAGAAAAAAUAUCAAACAACUGUGUCAUUGCAGGCUGGGGAGUCAGUUCCGGAAAUAGUUAUGGUACAAAUCAGCUGCAGACUGCCAAAGUAAAAUCAUUCUCACAAUCACAAUGCAAACAACAUUUUUCGCGUAUCACUAAGCAACAGUUGUGCGCUGGGUCUGGGGUUCGAAAUGGAGCUGAAUCUUGCCGGGGAGACUCUGGUGGACCUCUGAUGUGUCAUAGUGUGUCGGACAAUAAGUUGGUGGUGGUCGGGGUGACAUCAUAUGGUAAUUAUAAAUGUAAUACAGGCUUCACAGUCUACAGCAAUGUGUCAUAUUUUGAAGAUUGGAUUGCUAACAUAGGUUAUGACAAAUAAGGAAAAAUACCUGCAAGAUUUAGCGUUUAGUCAACAGCGAUUAGAUGGCAACCGUGGGGAUUGAAACUUAGACAACUAUAUUGAAGAGAGACAAUAACAAAAUUUAAAAGCAAUAAAUAGCUAUAAGCAAUCAAGGAUAUAACUUAGUCCUUAACUAUGAUGUGUAAAACUAAACAAAAUAAUAUAUCAAAUUUCAUUUUGA